AUGUCGCUCAACGAUCACAUAGCACAGCGUAUCGUCGCUGGUUUUCAUAUCCGCCUCGAUGAUAGUAAGACUCCACCCACCUUUCUCGUGGAAAAGAAGGAAAACGAAUGGAGAAGGCGUCAUAAGCAAUGGAAGAGGACAAAAGAGGAAACGCAGUACCAUAUAUCACGCAUUCCAAAGCAGCAGAUGAGAGAAGCGCUUGGGGCGCGCUUCGAAGAGCUCUACAAUCUCAAUCCACCAGCACCGCCCGCAGGUACAUCGACUUCUUCACUCGACAAUACAAGUGCCCCCAAGCAUUUGCCAUCUACAUCAGAGCCCACGAUCGGCACUCCGGGGCCUAAUUCAAAGCUGUCGGGCUCUUCGCAGUCAGCACUACCACACUCAACUUCAACGACGAUUACCCCAAUCCAGAACGCUACUCAUCAAGUUUCCGCCUGCUACACCUGUGGCAACAGGCAAUAGUGUCGCGUAAGCUGGCCAAAAGAGGUUGAGAGAAGAUGAGUAGUUUCCAUCAAGAUGGCUUGAUUUCGAACGUUUAUUUUACAUAAUGCUUGAAUAGCUCUGGCCGUCACUGUUGGAGCUAUUC